AGUCAAAUCACAAAAAUGUCAAUUGUCAAACAAAUCUAGAUUUUUUAAUGUUUUGUUUUAGCAAAGUACAAAGGUGUGGCCAGUGCCUGUGGCUUUCCAAAUAUAUCAAUAAAAAUAACAUGAUCUAUCUGUAAUACAGCAAAAAUUGUGUUGAUGUACACUAAUCCUUGUUGUUGUUCUGGAAUGUAACUCUGCCUUGCAAACCCUCGAAAAGUUGAAUGUAUGCAAGGGGCAGGUCAGGGCGUCAACCGUUUUUAAAAUUCUAACUAAACUGUGACAAAGUUUACACAAUGUACGGCCGCAAAACUCCUUCUACAUACCGCUCGACACCAUCAGUGUAUUCUCAUUACACGGGCAAGUCAUCCACAAACUUAAGAUCGUCAAAAUCAGUACGCUCCCUCAGAGUACCGUGGUAUCAGAAACCCAUAUUACAUGAUGCAUUCAUGUUGGAUCUCCAGAGGGGUUCCCUGCUUACAGGUUUCAUUUCUGUGUUCAUUGCCCUGUUCACAUUUGCACAAAGCAUCUUUGACCUUUACUGCUUGGGAAUGGCCGCACCGGGCGCUGUGCAUUAUGGAUAUUAUGUGAUAAGUUUCCAAUUUGUGUAUGUUGGCAGUGCACCAGUUCGGAAUGUGUUAAUAGUGUUUUCACUGUUCUCCUGGAUUGGUUCAGUUGUAGUCCUCGUAACAAGUAUAAUACUGAUCAUCGCUUUGAGAAAGGAACAUGAGAAACGCGUGGUUCCCUGGCUGUACUCAUUCGGGGUUUUCAUAUCAUUCCGAACCAUAGCGUUCAUAUUCACAGCCAUUGUGAACGACAUGAUAUUUGCCUACAACAUCUUCAUAUGCCUCUGCUGGGUAGUGUUCAGUGUUGUCGGAGUGUAUGGAUGGUUGUUGGUGUAUAGCCUGUACUUGGAGUUGGCAGAUUUGACCAAGUUGGAGGAUUUGGCACAUUUGAGGAUGGGUACAAUGGCUUCACUCAACGCAUCCCUCGCUGGUUCUCGACCCACCACGCCACAUUCAACGGUGUCCACGAUGCCCGCCUCGCAGAUAUGAUGCGACACCAAGACCGCCCCAUCCGACAGCGUGCCCCUAAAUGAGGAGUGCGUGCCCCUAGCGGCGGAGGAGCCUUUGCCCCUGGAUGAGGAGUCUUUGCCCCUAACGGAGGGUGGUCUUGAAACAACUGUAUAACCUUGUUACUUUAAUGUAUCGAAGACUGUAAAGUGUAAGCAUUUCCCUGGUAAGAGAAUAUAUUUAUGUCCAUAUACAUAUAACAUUUUCUCCUGACGAAAAGUAGUUUUAAACUGCUCUUACUUAUUUUAUUGUCUUAAUAAAUAAUCUUUUACUUAUUUUAAUAUAUCAAAUAAUGUGAAAUGUAAGUUUUUCCAUUCAGGCUAAGAUGCGCGCCAAGAGAUAACAAAAUGAUUUUAUCUACAUGUUGUUUUCUCUUUCUUGCCAUCACAAAGCAGCACUAUUUGUCUCUUUCAUUGCAAUUGGACAAAAAAUAGUGGUAUGUAGUCAAAAUUAUCUCGUCAUUUCUUGGCCCGUAACUUAGGGCUCUUGCAGGCCUUAUUUCAUUUCAUGCCAUCACAACGAAUAAGAAAGCGCCGUUUUCGGGGCUAUUUGUCGACAAUGUCUUUAUCUCUUCAUGAGAUUAUGUCGUUAACAUGGUGAAAGAAAUAUGUCCAUUUAAUAUGAGGAGUCUUAUCCCCUCAAUGUGAAGUUUUUGUCCCUGACAUGGAUGGUAUGGUAUUGAAACUAUUUUACGCUCUUUUUGCGUAUAAUAUAAAUAUAUCAAAGACUGUAAAGUGUAAAAGGAUUCCUUCAAUUAUUGCACGAGUGUUUGCCUCUGAAUAAUGUACUGUAGUUUUCAGUUUAAUAUAAUCAAGUAUAAACCUGCUCCUUGUUGAAAGGGCACUUGCUUUAUAGGUGGGAAUUUUGUCCCCUAAACAAGGGCAGUUAGUUAGCAGAACUUACCGCAUAAGAUUAAUUGUAACAAAUUAAGUCUUAAGUACUAUUUUGAUAAUGCGAUUGAAUUAUUGAGUGAUUAAAGCUUGCGAUUUGUAAUACGAAAUGUUUUUAUUAGUUUGCAUUUUAAAAAGUGAAUAUUUAAUUUAUUUUGCUUUUCUCCUACAAUUCCAAGACGCAACGUCACCCAGGCACGACAAAACUACUCACAAAAUAAUGUACUGUUUCUAUUAUAAGUAAUAUUAGCUUACAAUUAGCCUUAAAAGGUUUGACAAAGGUUUUUCAUUGGAACACAGAAUCAUCAUCCUAAGGAUACUAUGGUUUUGAAGUCAAAAGUAGAGAAGUUUUCGUCUUGUCUGAAUAGUGUUGCCGUAUGGAUUCGUUCGUUUUGAAUUGUAAACUAAAUUAAUAAAUUUUCAUUUUGCUUUCUCCAUUAGAAGUAAGUUCGAAGUGUAGCUUGUAUAAUGUGCUGUGUUCUAUAAGAUCUGUCUUCGAUUCUCAAACUCAGGUUGGUUUUAUAAACCUUAGCUCAGCUAUGGAUGCCAUGCUAUUUCCAGUUCUAUGGGAGUUAGAAACUGGUUUAUUUACCUCUUCAUUGAUAGAGCUUAUCCUUCAACGAAAUUACAAACAUG